AUGGUUGACAAACUGUUCCAAGCCAGGCCUGAUGUGGCCCCUGCUCUCCUGCGCCAUGACUGCUUCAUCCAGGGAUGUGAUGCCUCUGUUUUAUUGGAUUCUACUGAAGAAUGCUUGCUGAGAAAGAUUCUCGAUGUAAUCGACACGAUCAAGUCAGAGCUUGAAAAAGCAUGUCCUGGGGUUGUUUGUUGUGCUGAUGUUCUUGUUCUGGCAGCAAGAGAUUGUGUUGCAUUGGCUGGUGGCCCGCAUACUGGAAGGAGAGACAGCACUCUUUCUUUCCGUGACCUUGCAACAUAUGCGCUUCCUUCUCCGGAAGAUGAUCUGCCGCAGACGCUUGCAUCCCUUGCAUCAAGGGGAUUUGAUGAAAGAGAAACUGUCAGCCUCUUCAGUAUUCAUCCUUCUUUCGCUUUUCUGUACCAGUUAUGACUAUUUCGUUGAUCAGUUUUACUGUUUUAUGUAUCUGCCUUAGUUGUAUUUGCUCAUUUCUUCGCUGUUAUCUAGUUCAGUUGUAGGAAUUGGCAUUUUUCUUGUCAUACCGUGGUUGUUUCUCUUCUUCCAUUUCAAAACUAAUAGCUGCCGCUUAAGAUAUCAAGACUUUGUUUCCUCUAUUUGGUUUGAGGUGCUCACAGCAUUGGAAUGAUCCACUGCCAAUUCUUCGAAAACCGUCUCUACAAUUUUAGUGGUACUCAUAAGCCUGACCCAUCGUUGGAUGUUGAAUUCCUUCACCUCAUGAGAUCAAGAUGCAACAACAGUCACUCGGUACCUGCUUCAGCACAAAAACCUCCUUUUUACGGAUUUGUGUCAUCAACGAGAGCACCAUCCCAACUCGACAUAAACUCGCAGCAACCCUUAUCCAAGGAGGCAGGAAUGGCAAUGAUGAAGCUCUCGGACCUCCAAGUCUUGACAACACCAAUGGGUCAGAUCCGGCUCAAUUGUUCAAAAGCGGUAUGAUAAGACAUGUUCCAAUUGUAAUAUACUUGAUUUGUUUUUCUUGUUUGCUCGUUGUUUGUGCUUCCAGACUAAGAAAUUGUUUUAAAUUGUGGCAAAAGUUCGUUUAAUUCAUGGAUCUGAUUAA